CGCCCGCUGAGCAAAUCCAAAUUAAACUCUCCCUCUCCCGCUCCCUCUCUCCCUCUCUCUCUCUCUCUCUCUGAAAUCAGUUGAACUAAUUAGAGUUGAGAGAGUGUUGAGAUGCAGAGCAGAAUCGAAAGCUCAGUCCGGACGAAAAUGGAGGAGCUACGGUUGGUAUGCGGCAGAGAGAUUCCGAUCCAGCAGCAGCGAAUGGACGCCUCCGUCGUCGCUUUCCAGAAAUCGCUCGAAUCAACCAAGGCCAAGGCACAGGAAACUGUAGAAAACCAAGAAAAACUAGGAAAGCUAAAGCUUGAGCUGAGAAAGGCAGAGGAUGAUUUGGUGAAAGCUCUAGCAGUGAAGACUCGUAAAGAGGCAAAACAGAUGACCACAAUGGAUUCCUUAUCUGCCACAAGAGCUAGAAUAGAAGAGCUUAAAAGAAUUGUGAAAGAUCAAAAGGCUAGGAAGAAUGAGUAUGCAGCGAUAAUAUCCCAACAAUCUGAAGUUCUGUCAACAUGUGAAGAUAAGCGUAAUAAAAACGAUGAAGAUAGAGGAGGAAUAGAGGAGGCCAUUUUGUGGUACAAUAGGGUCCUGGGAUUCCGAAUAGAAUGUGGACAUGGAGUAAAAUUCAUGUUCAGUAACAUUAAUGUGAAGAAUCCAAAGGAGGAAUACUCCUUAAGCAUUCGCCAUGAGAAUGAUGUCUACACUUUGUUAGACUGUGACCCACGUGUGAAUGACAGCAAAGAAUUGAUUCAUGAGUUGAAUAGAACCAAUGGUUUAUUUAAAUUUGUUAGAGCUAUGAGAGAAAAGUUUCAAGAAGCUGCCGCACAAGGGAUUUCUCCUCAAGCUUCAUCUAUCGAUCAAGACUCUUCCACAAUCUCAGUGUCUGCUCCAGUUUCCUCAAUCUCAACUGACAGUCAAAGUGAAUCUUUGCCCAAAAAGAAAGAAAAUGAAGUUGAAGAAACCAAGAGACGAUCCAAGAAAGUUAACUAUGCCACGGGGGGUAAGCCAGCAAUUUUGUCUCCUGGAUCUGCUUUAUCUUUCCGCCGAUCUCCACGAUUCAAGACAUGGGAUUAUAUUGUAGGUUAAGAAGUGAAGAUGAAGCAGAGACUGUUACACCCACGGCUGGGAAUGCAACAGAAAGUGUUUCCUCUUCCGAUGAAAUGGACUGCAUAUCAUAUGGUAUUAACCUCCUCUCUUGGCUAGAAUUGAUUACUUACGAAGUGUGAUGGUUGAAAUGUUAGGCAAAUAACCUCUUUUGCUUAUAUGAUGGGCGGAUUUCGGGAGAUCAAGUGAUGCAAUUCAUCGGACAUACCACCUUCACUAUGUUUGCUAGGAUGGAUAAUUCACGCUGUACUUUUUGAUUCUAUAAUGUAUUUGGAUGCUUGUAUUUUAGUAAGAAUGGAAUUGUAAUUAUUCGAAACCCAGAUAUCUAGUAAUGUAAUGUGAGAGGUUCUCUCAUUCAGAUGUUUAGAUAAAUCCAGAUAUCAUAGUUACCGAGGGAAUAUGAUUCUGAAUUGCGUGGGUAAUGAAAAAGCACUGUCUUAUUUUCAAA